AUGGGCAAGACAAAGAAGAAGGGAGGAGCAAGUCGCUUCAGCCCUUAUGGCCGCGACACCACCAGGAUCACCGACUUAUGCAACAUGCUAGAAAAGUCUACAGCCAACACGCUGAGGGAAGGGGAAGCGAUGCAAGACGGAGAGCCGACAGUGGAAGAGACGGCAGAGGCGAGGACGCAAGAGCAGGGGGGGUCCGGGGGAGAAGAGGAGCAGGGGGAGGGCAUGACUCGCGGCAAGAUCCUGCAGAGGCACAAGAAGGAAUGGCGAGCUCUGCGCUGCCAGCUGGACUCGAUGAAGAGCCACAAGAAGGCCAUGGGCGCGGGGACGCUGGAGAAGAAGAACGCGAAGAAGGCGCUGGCGAAAGAGAUCAAGACGUUGGAGGAGAAUCUGAAGGAGAAGCAACGGAAAGAGCUCGAGGACUUCGACAAACAACAGAAGGACUUGCAAGAGAACUCCAUGAACAACGAGUGA